GGCCGGCAGCCGCCGGGCGGGAGGAGAGGCAGGGCGCGGCCCUGGGGCAGGGCAGCCCCGCAGGAGCUGCGGGCAGGAGACGGUCGGCGGCAGCCGGGAGCGGGCAGCGGGGCGGCCUCGCAGCAGGUUUGAUAGCUGCACUGGAUCGUUGUUUGUGGUCUCCUCUAAACUGCAACACUGAAAACUAUGGCAGCAGAAUGUAUAAAAAACUGCUGCAAAUUGUGUUUCUGCGUGGAAAAAGAGAAAAAUUACCCAUUUUCCGUGGUGGAGAAAUCUGAAGCAGCAGCCGCAAGCAAGCCAGCUAUUGUGGAGAAGCCUCCAUUGUCUUCUGUGUCAGUCAAGUGUCAGGUUGGCUGUUCAGAGGAUUAUCUGCUUUCUAAACUUCCCCUGGAUGGGCAGGAGGUACCAUUUGUGGUCCCUCCAUUCAAAUUGUCUUACGUACAGCCAAAGAAUCUUCCUAGUAUCUCACACGGUGGAGCAAUUCAAGAGUCUGCCAGAGCCUCAUUUGGCGCCCGGAAAGCAGAACUGCAGGGGGUGUACCAGUGGCCUCACUAUGAUGUGUACAACCCGUUCUAUCUGGAGCACCGCCUUUCACCAGAUCAGAUUAGGCGCCUCCAGGCAAAAACAGACCACAGGAAACUCUAUGGAUCAGUUAGUGAUUUAAGACCUAGUGCUUUGCCUGGAUCAUUUGAUCUAAGUCGUUCAAUGUUUGAUCUCAGAAGCCCACCUCAUCGGUUCAUGAAGAGAUAUGAUUCAUUCUCCAGUGUACCUAGCAGUACCUCUUCCAGGAAGGAUUCACAAGGCUCUAACAGGAGUCUGGACACUAUUACAUUAUCAGGUGACGAACGAGACUUUGGAAGACUGAACGUGAAGUUGUGUUAUGUUUCUUCCGUAGAACAGAUUUGGAUUACAGUUUUACAUUGCAAAGACCUGAGCUGGCCUUCUAGCUGUGGGGAAAAUCCUCGUAUCUGUGUCAAGGGAAUUCUCACUCUGCCCAAACCGGUGCAUUUCAGAUCGUCUGCCAAGGAAGGCUGCAAUGACAUUGAAUUUAUGGAAACUUUUGUAUUUGCUAUUAAACUGCAAAGCCUGCAGGCUGUCAGAUUGGUAUUUAAAAUCCAGACACAGACUCCCAGGAAAAAAACUAUUGGAGAAUGCUCCUUGGCACUGCGGGAGCUCAGCUCAGAAGAGUCAAGUCAUUGGCUGGAUGUAUCUCCUCCUUCUAAAGCACCUGUGUGCCGUGCAGAACUUCAAAUAGGAACUUGUUUUCAAGCAGUAAACAGGAGGAUUCAGUUACAGAUUCUUGAAGCACAAAACCUUCCAGUUUCAUCAACACCACUCUCUUCAAAUUUCUUUGUGAAAGUUGGAAUGUUUACUACAGAAGGGAUCAUCUACAAGAAGAAGACUCGCCUUCUGAAGUCCACUAAUGGCCAAGUGAAGUGGCAAGAAAUGAUGAUUUUUCCAGUAAACCAAGUCGAACAAGGAAUUAGCUUUCUCAUCAAGCUCUACAGCAGAAGCUCAGUGAGAAGAAAACACUUCCUAGGACAGAUCUGGAUAAGUCCUGAUAGCAAUAACAGUGAAGCAGCAGAACAGUGGAAAGACACUAUUGCCAACCCUGAAAAAGUUGUUGUUAAAUGGUAUAGCAUUGGUCCAUCUUGAAGACUGGAGAUGAAAUCUAGGACUGAUUUUCUACAAAGAUAUUCCUAUGCUGUUUAAAAUAGUAUAUAUAAGACAAAAACAUUGUCUACACAAGUUCUUCAGAAGUUCUCUGCUGCAUCACACCUCCGUGGAACAGAAAAUUCCGCUUCACCAAGAGAAAUACUGGCUAAAUAUUAAUAAGAGGAAGACUUAGGAACUGGGGAAAGCACUCACUUGAAUUUUAAAAAUCUGCUCUGAAAAACUUCUUGUUUUGCCCCUUUCAGGCUCUUCAUAAGAGCACAGAAGUGCAGUCUUCGAGAGAAGCAGCUUGAAUCAACAUCUUCUCCAAUGGUCACUGAUGUCGUCCUCAUUUGCAGUCUUGCCUUUGUCAGACACCGAAGUCUGUGGAAAUCAGCCUGGUCAGUGGGCUUGGUCCUAGGUACCUCUAAGCCUCUGGGGUUGCACCUGUGUUGACACCAUUUGUGAUGGUUUGGGUGUUCCCCACCCCCCCACACUUUAGAAAUCACCCAGACUAGUCUCAGCCGGCUCUGGGAAUAUGAAUGAAGCUUAUAUUUACAGCAGCACAAUAUACAAGCAGAUAUUUACAGUAUAUACAGUUACAGACAGAAAUAGACAAGGUAGAAGGUAAUACAGAAACACAACUCCCCUCCCAGAAACCUGAG